AUGUCGUCCCCUUUGGUCCCUCACCCGGACUCUAAUCGAGAGCUUGGACGCGACCUCGAUCUGGACUUGUCAUUCGCAACCUCCCUCAACGGAUCUAUCCUUACUCUGGAAGACGAACUUGCCGAUGUGUCCGACAACCCAUUUACAGACGCCGGCAUCGAUCAUAAAGAAGGAAAUGGACAAGAGGAUGGGGAUGGUGAUCAGGCUGCGGAGGAGCCACAGGACAAAGAUAAAGCGAGCACCACCUCCGAGUCUAGUCUUCCUACAGGUUACCGACGUCAGACUGAGUCGUUCGUCAAACUCAACCAAGAAGCCCUCGAGAAAUGGCGCGGCGAUCUCGAAGUCAUCAUUCAGUCGCUUCGCCCUACAGAAAGUGAGGCCGAAAUGGAAGGUCUCAGCACCACAUUGCAACUGUUCGACCACGCCCUCGGCAUAUAUGACUGGAUAAGGCACUCAGUGGGACCGUACAUAGCAGUCCUAGAAGCCCGCCAAGAAGCUGUGCAGCGUGAAAUGGAGCGGCGGGAUCGGGAAAUCGACCUGUUGCGGGACGAGGCCGAGGAGGUGUUGAAGGCCUAUUCGACGGAGUACGAGACCAGCCGGCGCAAGACAUCGAUGUUAGGAGAGUUCAUCGAUAUAAUAGAUGUUAUCGCCGAGGGGAACGUAUCAGAGAACGAGGGCAGAGCUGAGGAACAUCAGCUGGGUGAUGUUGGACCUCAUUGA